AUGUCUAUUCUCACCUGGUUCCGAGACUUCUUUGACUCUGGCUUUUGGACAAGCAUCACCAAUGCCUUUGUUCGUCUUUGUGGUGACGAUGGUACAGAGUCGGGCCAGCCUAGCAAUCCAGCGAACAACAAUGGUGGUACCCAGGUAGACGAAAUCGUGCAGGUUGGCCAGCCUAUCGAUGACUUCGAGUUUGUCGGUUUGGACGAAGUGGUCUCCCUCUCGGAUUCGUCUUCCUGGGUCACUGUCGAUUCCGAAUCCAUGACCUCCAAUGCAAGAAUUUACGGGUGGAUGGACAAUAUUACUUCUGGCUCACCUAGCACAUCUCCCAAGCCAUUCCCUCGCAAGAAAGUUGUCACCAAGAAUAAGAGGACAACGAAACUCCAGAAAUGGGUCCAAGCCAAUACCUCCACAUCAUAUGAGAAUUCCCCAAGCAAGGCAAGGAAAACUCAAGAAUGGGUUGAAGAAGCUUCCACUGGUACAUGA